UGAUUGUCAGUUACCAGGUACAGCUAAAGCCUGCAGUACCGACAAUUUUCCAGUUUUCCCAGUCUAAAAUAAGCAGAUCGGAUUUCUAAAAACACAACCUUGGAAGAAGGGAGAGGGAGGUGGCGCUGGAAACGGCAGAGAGGCAAGAUCUGCCGGGCCCAGGGCGGCUGACCGUGCUUAGACACCUCUGAUGCCAACACCUUCGAGCAGGGCUCUGGGCUUGAUGCCCCGCCAACCUGGUGCAUUAUCUUAGCCUGUCACAGGGACUACCAGCGAAAAGUUAGGAGCUAGUUCCCAGGAGGCCAAGAGCCCAGCACUCAGCCAAUGGCCACGGAACAGGGCGGGACCUCGGGGCAUCCGGCCGGAGAGCGCGCCGCGCGGCAGGCAGAUCUGAGUCCCACGGACGGGGUGUCGGCGCCCUGCGGGGCCGGGGGCCAUGCGGGCCCCGCGCGGGGCUGAAGCCUACGUCUUGGCGCUCGGCGGCAUGCUCUUCCUGCUGUUCUUUGCGCUGGUGGUCCGCCAGCUGCUUAAGCAGAGGCGACCCGCCGGCUUUCCUCCGGGGCCGUCGGGGCUGCCCCUUAUCGGCAACAUUUGCUCGCUGGCCGCCUCAGCCGAACUCCCCCAUGUCUACAUGAAAAAGCAGAGCCAGGUGUACGGCGAGAUCUUCAGUUUAGAUCUUGGUGGCAUAUCAACUGUGGUUCUAAAUGGCUAUGAUGUAGUAAAGGAAUGCCUCGUUCAUCAAAGUGAAAUUUUUGCGGAUCGACCGUGCCUUCCUUUAUUCAUGAAGAUGACAAAAAUGGGAGGCUUACUCAAUUCCAGGUAUGGCCGAGGAUGGGUUGAUCAUAGAAGAUUGGCUGUAAACAGUUUCCACUAUUUUGGAUGUGGCCAAAAGUCUUUUGAAUCUAAAAUCUUAGAAGAAACCAAAUUUUUCAUCGAUGCCAUUGAGACAUACAACGGUAGACCUUUUGACUUGAAACAAUUAAUAACAAAUGCUGUUUCAAACAUAACCAACCUGAUCAUUUUUGGAGAAAGAUUCACUUAUGAAGACACAGAUUUUCAGCACAUGAUUGAGUUAUUUAGUGAAAAUGUGGAACUAGCUGCCAGUGCCUCGGUCUUCCUGUAUAAUGCCUUUCCGUGGAUUGGCAUCUUACCUUUUGGAAAACACCAACAGCUGUUUAGAAAUGCAGCUGUCGUCUAUGAUUUUCUCUCCAGUCUUAUUGAAAAAGCUUCUGUGAAAAGACAACCUCAGUCACCUCAGCAUUUUGUUGAUGCUUAUUUAGAUGAGAUGGAUCAAAGUAAAAAUGACCCAUCAUCUACUUUCUCCAAGGAAAACCUCAUUUUCUCUGUGGGGGAACUCAUCAUUGCUGGAACCGAAACCACUACCAAUGUACUGCGGUGGGCUAUUCUUUUCAUGGCCCUCUACCCUAAUAUUCAAGGGCAAGUUCAAAAAGAGAUUGAUUUAAUUAUGGGCCCCAGUGGGAAUCCUUCUUUGGACGACAAAUGCAAAAUGCCGUACACUGAGGCAGUUUUGCAUGAAGUUUUAAGAUUCUGUAAUAUUGUGCCAUUAGGGAUUUUCCAUGCACCCUCUGAAGAUGCAGUUGUACGUGGUUAUACCAUUCCUAAAGGCACAACAGUAAUUACAAAUCUUUAUUCUGUACAUUUUGAUGAAAAAUACUGGAAAGAUCCAGAAAUAUUCUAUCCUGAGCGAUUUCUGGACAGCAGUGGAUAUUUUGCCAAGAAGGAAGCUUUGGUUCCUUUUUCUCUAGGGAGAAGACAUUGUCUUGGAGAACCGCUGGCUCGAAUGGAAAUGUUCCUGUUUUUUACAGCAUUGCUUCAGCGGUUUCACUUACAUUUCCCUCAUGAACUGGUUCCAAAUCUGAAACCCAGGUUAGGUAUGACAUUACAACCUCAGCCCUACCUCAUUUGUGUAGAAAGACGCUGAACAUGCAUGAAUAUCUUGUGGAACAAGGUGGUGGACUCACCUUACCCCCGAACCUUGUUUAAUCUAAUAAGUAUAUGUGUAGUCAUACAAGCUCACAACAUCAUAA